GGGGGAGGGGUUGGGGAAGAUACCUAUGUAUUUAAGAGAGUAAAACUCACUUCUUUGUGAGUGCAUGAGAUGCAAGAGUGCACUCAAUAAUUUCCACACAGUAGAGGCUAAAUACGCGUUAGUCGAGAUGGGAUCUAAAGCUGAACUUUCAAGCCUCAAGUGGCAAGUUGCCUUUUCUCAUACGUUUCUGAGAAAAAUAAUUCAAUAUUGAGUUGUCUGUUUUACUUGAUUCAUCGUUCAGCCUUCAUUUUUUGUUAUUUUUUUUUUAAAAAAAAAACCCAAACAUGUCUUUAACAACCCCAGCUCGUCUCCUCCCAUGGUCAUCUCUCUUCCUCUUCUUAUUGAUAAUCUCACAGUUUCUCUCUUCUUCUCACGGUGACGUCGGCACAGCUGCCCAGUAUAGCCCCCCAUAUUUACCCACCACCUGCUUCGGCAACGACGCGUCGCAGUUUCCUUCGAAUAAUUUGUUCGCGGCGGCCGGCAAUGGAAUAUGGGACAAUGGGGCAUCCUGUGGGAGAGAGUAUUUGGUCAGGUGCAUUAGUGCCACGGUUGCCGGUUCUUGUCAACCAGGUCAAACGAUUCAAAUAAAAAUCGUUGAUUAUGCUCUUUCAACGCCCACCUCGCCAUCGGCAAGCGGCACGACCAUUGUAUUGUCCGAAACUGCUUUUGGGAAUAUUGCUAAUUCAUCUGCUACUUCCAUCAAUAUAGAAUUUCAACAGGUAUAAAUAACGAAAAAGAUACAUAGUAGACACCAUGGAUCCCAUUGAAUUUCAUUCAGAAGAGGAAUAGUAUUGAUCCUUAUUAAAGGAAGACAGAUCAAUCAAGCCUGUUCAAACAGGAACAAGUCAAUUAAAGGGCAUUUUAGUAGCAAUUGGAGUUAUGAAUUUAAAAUUUUUAGUGGAUUUGUGUGCAGUGUGUUAGUUAAAAUUUUCUCUAUAUUGUCACGUCAAUUGCUGAAUCUGCGUGUGGUAAAUUGUAUGAUAAUUAAUAAAUAAAAAUUGACGAAGAAGAGAUGAUGUUUUAAUUAA